AGCGGGCGGAGCCCCGCGGGCCGUCAGGGGCCGUGAGGGCGGAGCGGGACGAGGCCGAGCCGGCGGCUCCCGGCGGGCCCGGCCAUGGAGAGCCCCGUCAGCAGCGGCUCCCUGAGGGGAGAGAUCAGCUUCUGGGCCGACCGGACCCCGGUGCACGAGGCCGCUCGGCGCGGGGAGAUCCUGCAGCUGCAGCAUCUCAUCGAGAGCGGGGCCUGCGUCAACGCCGUCACCUACGACACGACUCCAUCACCCCUGCACGAGGCCAGCCUGAGGGGGCAGACCCAGUGUGUCAAACUGCUGCUGGAUGCAGGGGCACAGGUGGACGCCAGGAACAUCGACGGCAGCACCCCCCUGUGCGACGCCUGUGCCUCGGGGAGCAUCGAGUGCGUCAAGGUGCUGCUGUCCCACGGUGCCAAGGUGAACCCCCCCCUCUACACGGCCUCCCCUCUCCAUGAAGCCUGCAUGAAUGGUAAAUCCGAGUGUGUCCAGCUCCUCAUCGAGGUCGGCGCCAACCUGGAGGCUCACGACUGUCACUUUGGGACUCCUCUGCACCUGGCCUGUGCCAGGGAACACCUGGACUGUGCCAAGCUGCUGCUCAAGGCAGGGGCCAACGUGAACGCGGCCAAGCUGCACGAGACGGCCCUUCACCACGCGGCCAAGGUGAAGAACGUGGACCUGGUGGAGAUGCUGGUGGAGUUCGGGGGGAACAUCUACGCCAGGGACAACCGGGGCAAGAAACCCUCGGAUUACACCUGGAGCAGCAGCCCCACGGCGAAGUGCUUCGAGUACUACGAGAAGACCCCCCUGAGCCUGUCCCAGCUGUGCAGGGUGACGGUCCGGAAAGCCGCCGGGCAGAGGGCCCUGGAGAAGAUCUCCAAGCUCAACAUUCCCCCUCGUCUCAUCCAGUACCUCUCCUACAACUGACAGGAAAAACGGGCCGGGAAGGAGAAACCUCCCCCCCCCCCCCCCAGGAAUUCCCGCACCACCAAGGAUCUUCUCUUCCUCUUCUACCUCCCCCUCAAGAAACUCAAGUUUUAAUUUAAAGCAAAACUGGUGUAAAUAGUAUUUCUGAGGCCGCGCUUCCUUCUGCUCCGUGGGCAAAUCCCGGGAAAGCUCCUGGGGGGGGGGUUGGGGAAUUUUUAGGCUGGUGGAGCGGGAUUGAUGUUCCUUCCUUUUUCCCCGUGCUCCCUUUGGAGCCAGCGGGGGAAGAAAUGGAUACUCCUGGAACGGGAUUCACCCGUCCCCUUUUUAGAUUCCCGUGGCUGGGAUGAUGGGGAAUGAUCCGGGACACCUGGAAUGGCUCCAGGACACCGGGAAUGGCUCCAGGACACCUGUCCUUGUUGGCUGCACAGGGAUUGGGGAGGGAAUGACCUUGGAUUUGGGUGGUUCUCCAGAGGAUCCACAUGGAAGGGACAAAGCUCAGGACCCGCCGGAGGCAAAUUAAGCCCCCAAAUUAAGCUCGAGGCUAAUUAGAGGCUCUUCCCGGCUUUUCCAGGAGGAUCCACAGGCUUUGGCUCCGCACCAGGAUUAAGGAAAAGCCGCUGCCGGGUUCGGCUUCGGCUCCUUCCUCCAGUCCCCCCCAUUCCCAGGCUCAAUUCCAAGCCCAGGGAUUCUUCCCUGCUCCCAAAAUAUUCUCUCUGCUCCGUGUGCGAUGAGUGGGACGCAUCCCAGGGGUGUAUCCCUGGGGGAUCUGCCUGGAAUUCUGGGGGAUUUUCAGGUGGUGGAUUUUUUUUCCCCUCUCCGGAGUUUGGCAGCCCCGGAUUCCUGGGCUGGAAUUCCUGGAGCUUUGUCCUUAGGGAGCCAAAACGAUCCAAACUUCCAGAGGAGCCGUUCCCUGUUGUCCUGGGUCGGAAUUCCAUGGGAUCCUGGGAUGGGAUGGAGCUCCCUGAGGAGCCCCCCUGGCCCAUCUUAGCGCUGUGAUGGGAACAAAUCCCUCCAAAACGGGAUGAACCCCCCCUUGUCCGAGGUGGAAUCCGGGGUUCCCGACACCAUUCCCGCCGGGAUCUCAUCCCAGAGGUCACUUCCAAGGGGUCUCCUCCUUGGGAAGGAGGAUCCAGGCUGGGAGAGCUGGGAUGAAGCACUUUAUGAUGAGCAGAAAACCACUUUAUUUUUAAUUUUUAAUUAAAUUCCCCUCCCCCUCCGCAUCCCUUUUUUUUUUUUUUUUGUGCCGGAUCGGGAAAAAUUCCCAAGAAAAAAUUCCCAACAUCCCGCUCUUCCAAUCCCGGGUUUUUUAGUGUUUCAAAUCCCAGAAAUGUGAAGCUCAGGGAAAGCCCUCGAGGUUGUUCGGUGUGGGAUUCGUGGAUGGGAAUUUUAGGGAAUGGUUUGGCUCGGAAGGGGCUUCCCGAGGCCGUUUAUUCCAACCUUUUUUUUGUUGGAUCUUUCCAGGAAAAGCUUCUCCCGCCCAACUGACGGAUAAACAUGGAUUGGGGUGAAAAACUCCCCUUUUUGGGUCAAAAAUCUGAUUAUUAAGUUGCUUUUUUAACACUGAUGAAGCAAUAAAUCCCAAAUUUCCGGCGUGGAAGCCAAAAAAAUUCCUUGGAUAACCAAGAAUAAAAUUCCAGGAUCCUCUUC